GGGAGAAUCAUGGGAACGCUACCUCGCUAGGAGAAAGCUAUCUUCCUCUUUUGUGUCAGUUUUUGGGUCUUUAACAUGAUUUACACAGAAGCUGUUUUGUUUUUAAACUUGCUGCUGUUUCUUCGUGUUGUUGCUCAGUCGGGGAAUGACGGACAGCAGCAGUGGCCCAUCCCCUACAGACGGUUUGAUCACCGCCCUGCUGUGGACUCCUACUGUGAAGCUCUCUACCCGUUCUGUCCCACUGGAGACGGAGAUGGACGGAUUCCUUACAUGAGAGACAGCGAUGUCAUCUCAGUGUAUCGACUGCAAACACCCGUUUGGGAAUUCAAGUAUGGAGAUUUACUGGGAAAACUCCACAUCAUGCAUGAUGCCAUCGGGUUCAGCAGCUCAGAAACGGGGUCCAAUUACACCAUGGAGUGGUAUGAGCUGUUUCAGCUGGGGAAUUGCACCUUCCCACACCUCAGACCGGAGAUGUACGCACCUUUCUGGUGCAACCAGGGAGCCGCCUGCUUCUUUGAAGGCAUCGAUGAUUUACACUGGUCCCAAAAUGGCACUUUGGAGAAAAUAGGAGAACUCACAGGGAACCAGUUCAAUGACAUGGCCCAGUGGGUCCAGGAUGACAACGAGACUGGGAUCUACUAUGAGACGUGGACAGUUCGCUCUGACCCCAGUCCAAACGCCACAGUGUGGUUCGAGUCUUACGACUGCUCGCAGUUUGUUCACCGCACAUACAGGAAACUGACUGAACUGGGAGCCAAACUGUCCAGCAGAUCCCAAACCAACUACACCAAAAUCUACCUGUACAGCGGAGAGCCCACCUACCUUGGCAACGAAAGCGCCAUUUUCGGACAGCCUGCUCUGAAGAAUCUGGCAGUGGACAUCCGGAAAUUUUACCACACGUUCAGACCACAUCAGUCGUUUGCAGACUUUGCCUUCAGUCUGCUGGAGGCUUAUAAAAAAGUCGUAUUGGACAAGAGCUUCUACCUCUACUACAACUUUGAGUACUGGCAUCUGCCGAUGAAGCCUCCAUAUGUGCAGAUUACAUACGAAGAAGUGCCUUUGCCUUAACUUAAAACUUUUAAUAGUGUUUUCAUCAAGGGUCGCAAAUAAUAGUUUUCAUUUUUGAUUAAUUUUUUUAAAUGUCAAAAAUGAUGUCCAAAAGCCAAAGAUACUAACAAUAGUAAGAAACUGAGAAAGCUUAUCUUCAAAUUUCAGUUUAAAAUUAGAGCAUGUUUACUAUUUUUGCUCGAUGAGUGAUUUAAAAACAAACUUUUUUUAACCAGUGGACCAUGGCCUAACCACAGACUCUAUAGAAAGAUGGACGACACGCCCUCCACUUACCCCUGCUAUGCUGAAGUG